AGGCCCGACAUUUAACACGCCGCUAAAAUCUACGAGUAUCUUUUGUCGCGAGGGUGCUGUCUCAAACAUGGAAGUAGAAUCCCCUAACAUAAACCCAAAGGUGCAAGAUGAAAACGAAGAUGAAAACAACUUACCGAAGCAGGUGAUUUCGACCAAGGACGAAAAUACUGCAGUAAACGAAACAGGACCAGCGCAAAAGACGAAACGCGGUAAAGGGAAAAGCAAGAUUUCGAAGAAGCUACCUGCCAAAGGAUUGUUUAAAUGCACUAACUCGCUAAAGGAAGACCAUGGCCAACCAUUGUUUGGUGUUUCAUUUUGCCACCAGACGUCCAAGGACGAAUACCCAAUGUUUGCAUCUGUGGGAAGCAAUAGAAUCGCUGUUUAUGAAUGCAGAGAUGAUGGUUAUAUCAAACUUCUGCAAGCAUAUUCUGAUCCUGAGAGUGAAGAAAACUUUUACUCGUGCACAUGGACUGUUGAUUCUACCAGUGGUCAUCCCCUGCUUGCUGUGGCUGGAUCACGAGGAAUUAUCCGUGUUUUAAACGUUUCAACGAAACAGUGUAUUAAACAUUAUAUCGGGCACGGAAAUGCAGUAAAUGAGUUGAAAUUCCAUCCACAAAUGCCUCAAAUUCUCCUCAGUGCAUCUAAGGAUCAUUCCCUGAGGGUUUGGAAUAUUAAAACUGAUGUUCUUGUUUGUAUGUUUAGUGGAGUGGAGGGUCACAGAGACGAAGUGUUAAGUUGUGAUUUUAACAUUUUUGGGACCAAAAUAAUAUCUUGUGGGAUGGACCAUUCAUUAAAGAUAUGGAAUUUUGAUGGUGAAGAUUUAAAGUCGGCACUUAAAGCAUCAGAAGUCUACAAACCAAACACUAAUGACAAGCCUUUCCCCACCCUUCACUUCCAUAAUCCAUAUUUCUCUACAAGAGACAUCCACAAAAACUAUGUAGAUUGUGCAAGGUGGUUUGGGGACUUUAUUCUAUCCAAGUCGUGUGAAAACUGUAUAGUAUGUUGGAAACCGGGUUCAAUAAACUGCAGUCUUAACCAGCUGAAACCUAAAGAAUCAAAUGUGACAGUUCUAAGCAGACUGGAGUUCCAACAUUGUGAUAUUUGGUACAUGAGGUUUGCCAUUGAUUACUGGCACAAGUACCUUGCUGUUGGGAACCAGUAUGGAAAAACUUUUAUCUGGGAGCUUGACCAUUUAGACCCCGCUAAGUCAAAGUGUUUCACACUUAGUAAUAUCCGAUGUACAACAACGAUCAGACAAACCGCUUUCUCAAAAGAUGGGAGCAUCCUUAUUUGCGUGUGCGAUGAUUCGACGAUUUGGCGAUGGGACCUGCAAGGCAAAUAACGAUAACCCAGGUCGCUGCCUUUCUUUUCUAUUAUACAACAACAACAACAACGGCCCGCAACCGCUAAAACGCUGAGAAAUCGUAAAAGUGAUUUUACCUCUCACAAAAAAAUCACGGCGAAUGCAUUAGUUGGUGUACGGUAUGCAUUAUCUGCCGAGUGCUUAUACGAGAUAAGACAUUUUUGAUAAAACUUUUACGUAGAAAGCGCGCGGUCUGUGGUUCUUCAUCUUUUUGCCAAAGUUUUAAGACUUCCCAAACUAAAGAUCUGCACUUUUAUCUGCGGAACCUUUUUUCCGCGGUGCAAAUAGCGUUCUUUUUCUGUGACGUCAUGAACACGUCACAUUUCAUGCCUUCGAAAAAUAAAUCAGGUUUUCGCGUGA